AUGGAAGUCCUGGACGAGUUUGACCACGAGUUCCCCCAGAGCGUGACCUUCUGCGAGCCCAUCUCCGCGGAGGCCUUCGAGAGGCAGGCGGCCACCUACACGGAGCGCGCGCUGCGCCGCCUCUUCCGCAGCGUGGACCGCAACCCCGCGCUGGCCGAGCGGGUGGUGCGCAGGGGCAAGCAGGCCGAGUGCGAGCAGCGCGGGCUCCUCUCCUUCCUGCGGGCCAAGUUCUUCCACGCCGUCCAGGGGGAGCUGAACUGCUGCAACCGCGUGGGGGCCCUGGAGCUGCGCCAGCGUCUGGAGCGCCUCAAAAGGCGCAUCCACCGCGUGCAUCUCUACUCCCAGGACGCCAGGAAGAAGAGAAGGAAGCCCAAACCGAAGAAGCCAGAACCCAUCCUCCGGCGGGAGCGGGCGACCUCCCCGUGCCUGCCACCCACCCCGCUGCCACCUCUGCCUCUGCCGCCACCUGCCACCACCAUGGUCUCCGUGGUGGCCUCGUCUCCGCCCGUCUACACCAUGCCCAGGGUGUUUGGCCCGUUCCCGUCGCUGCCCAACAAGUCGAUGGAGAAAUUGGGAGUUUCCAGUUCCGAAGUGAAGUUAAAGUGGACUGGUCUGUCAUCCAACCCCAAGAGGCACAUGGUCGACCUGACGCCGUUGGUCCUGAACCCCAGAGGCUUCCAUUUUUCCUAUCUGUCGGGCAACGGCACGUGCAAGCUCCAGUGUCCUCGCUUCCCCUGGAAUCCCCACUGUGGUGGCUCCCCCAACACCAAGGAGGCUCCGUCCCCACCACUGAAGACCUCCAUCUUCACCCCGCCAGUCCUACUGAAGUUCCAGGCCAUGCCCAGACCCAGUGACGACUCGGAGAACGAUUUUGGCAACACGGAGUCUGUGCCUCAUGGCAGGAGCCCUUGA